AUGUGUUUUAUGGUGGGUAAUGAAGACGACCUGAAGCCGAUCCAUUCGAGUCGAGUUAUUCAUCGGCACGGUUUCGGAUACCCGAGGUAUGCUCAAGUCGAUAGCAAAGCGUCGAUCUCUGAAACAAACUAUGCUUUUGUUAAGCCGCUGUUUGUCGAGUCACUUGAACCUACAAUGACAGGCUACUUUUGGCUGCCUCGGCGUCUACGCAAGAAGCUAAACUGUCUAAUGUCGCCACUGCCAUCUUGCAUAGAGCAGAUGCGACAGUUGACAUAA